AGCGUAUAUAAUUUUGUAAGAUUGUUACGUCUUUAAUUUACGUUUUGAAAAAAAAGGAAAGGAAAAGAGAAAAAUUGGUUAUUUUAAGUGAAUUCAAUUGAAUUAGUUAUAAGUUAAGUCAAUAAAUGAAUUGAUCAUUGAAAUCGUUGAAACUAUUUUACGUAGGCAAAUUAAUUUUUGAGCUCAUUAAUCAACUUAUUCAGGUUUAGAAAAAAUUAAAAUAGAUUAUUUUUUCAAACUAAGGAAAAUGCUAAGCAAAUAUAUUAAUCUUUUAAAACCAUACAAAGAAAAUGUGAAGAUACUAAAAAGUAUAAAUCUGAAGUAUGGAACCGAGGCAACAUUUGAGACAAAAUCAUAUCGUCUUCAUAAACUUGAUGAAGGUCCAUCUACACAAGUGAAACUUACAAAAAGUGAUGCUGUGAAGUAUUAUAAACAACUACAUACAAUCAGACGAAUGGAAACAGCAGCUGGUAAUUUGUAUAAGGAAAAAAUUGUUAGAGGAUUUUGUCAUCUUUACUCUGGACAAGAAGCAUGCGCAGUCGGAAUGGUUGCUGCGUUACGUCCUCAAGAUUCGGUUAUAACGGCAUACAGAGCACAUGGAUGGACAUACUUGAUGGGAGUAACGCCUAUAGGAGUACUUGCAGAAUUGACAGGACGACAAAAUGGAAAUGCACGUGGAAAAGGUGGUUCUAUGCAUAUGUACGCAAAAAACUUUUAUGGAGGAAAUGGUAUUGUCGGCGCUCAGGUUCCUUUAGGAGCAGGAAUUGCAUUUGCACAGAAAUAUUUGAAUACUGGUGGUGUAUGCCUAGCUUUGUAUGGUGAUGGUGCGGCAAAUCAAGGUCAAAUUUUUGAAGUCUACAAUAUGUGCAAAUUAUGGAAUGUACCUUGCAUUUUUAUUUGUGAGAAUAAUGGCUACGGUAUGGGUACCAGUAUGGAUCGUGCAUCAGCAAGUACUGAAUAUUAUACAAGAGGAGAUUAUAUUCCAGGUAUAUGGGUAGACGGUAUGGAUGUCUUAGCCGUAAGGGAAGCAACAAGAUUUGCAAUUGAUUAUUGCAUAUCAGGAAAAGGUCCGUUAGUAAUGGAAACAUUCACAUAUAGGUAUAGCGGUCACAGCAUGUCAGAUCCUGGAACUAGCUACAGAACUAGAGAAGAAAUUCAAGAAGUUAGGCAGACCAGAGAUCCACUUACAAGUUUUAAAGAAAGAAUAUUGAACGUUGGUCUAGUAACUUCUGAAGAACUGAAGUUAAUGGAGACCGAUAUUCGAAAAGAAGUAGAUGCUGCCGUAACUUUGGCAAAAGCUGAUAAGGAAAUUCCAAUUGAUGAACUUGUAACUGAUAUCUAUGCAUUAAAUUUGGAACACGAAAUUCGCAAUGUCACUCCGUUUAAUCCGUUGAAUCAUAAUAAUAUGGGACCUGCAAUUAACAAAUAAAUUUAUGUGGUUCAAGAUGUGUACAUCUGUAUGUAGACAUAUGAUAUAGAAAUAAAUAUAUACAAAGAAUAUCCCUUUGGAAUUUGAUGGAAACAAUUUAUCGUUAAUAUAUUAGAAAAUAAGAACAGAUAAAAUAUGUAUUUUAAUAAUAGCUAUUAAUAAAUUAUUUAUAUCAAUAGCUCUAUGUUUAUUUAUGAUAAGUUCUGCUAUCGCUCGGAGGAUCGAAAAAAAUGAAUCAGUUUUAUAAACAAGAUGACAAUUUCACGAUAAAUAUGGUAUCCAAUCGAAAAACAAAUACUAAAGCAACUGAAAAAUUUUUCAUGAUUAUAUUGUCGAUUGCUAUAAGUCAACUAAAAGUUUAUUGUGAAUUUUGUUAAAUAAAAUAAACAAUAUAAUCCAGUUACUAGCCAUAAAAUAAUACAUAGCAAUCAGAAAAUGCAAUACAAAAUACGAUCAAGAAGUUACACGACACAAGUCAUACUGAGAAACAAUGAGAAAAACACGAGCAGAAUACAAACAUAAUCAUAUUAAUAUAUCGAAUUCUUUUCAACAAAAAGGAUAUGAAAAUAUUUCACAGAACAAAAGCUUAUGAAAUAAUAUGGUAUGAGAUAACCAACAACAAUAAAUAUAUUUAAAAAGAUUAAAAAUACUAUUUUAAUGUUUACUGACAUUGAGUAUCCUCUUGUCUGUUCAUAGUCUCUCUUCUGUUAAUAGUAUUACU